AUGGGCUGCACUCCUUCUAAGUCCGUGGUGGUUUACGGGCAGGACGGGGUGUUCCAGGAGGACACCUGCUCUACGUGUGUGCCCAGUCUCAUGAGCUCCGCAUCCACGCCUGAGAGACCUUCACCUCGGAUCACAGUGGACGCAAGAAAUAAACAAACUUUCCUUCGUGUGUGUUGGCGCAGAGACGAGGGCGAUGGAGAGAUGAGGUCUGAAAAGGAGCAAACGCCUGCGGUGAAGGAGAAAACCCCUGCAGACCUCCUGUGCAUGGACACCGUGAGCGACCAGGACAACACUACUGCAAACGCCAACAAACAGAAGGAAGAGAAGAAGGAGCUUUUCACCAAGGUGGUGAUUCGAAGGCUUCCUCCAAACAUCUCAAAGGAACAGCUCGAAGAACAGCUCAGCCCGUUGCCUUCAUUUGAUUAUUUUGAAUUCUUUCCUGCAGAUCAAAGCUUGUACCCACAUCUGUUUUCCCGAGCAUACAUUAACUUUAAAAGCCCUGAGGAUAUCCUGCACUUCAGAGACAGAUUUGAUGGAUAUGUCUUCAUUGAUAACAAGGGCCUCGAAUACCCCGCAGUGGUGGAAUUUGCUCCGUUCCAGAAAAUCUCAAAGAAAAAGCUAAAGAAAAAGGAUGCAAAAGCUGGGAGCAUUGAAGAAGAUCCAGAAUAUAAGCGAUUCUUGGAAAAUUAUUCUUGUGAUGAGGAGAAAUCGAUGGCCAAUCCUGAGACCCUGUUGGGGGAGAUUGAAGCCAAAACCAGGGAACUCAUUGCCAAACGCACUACACCCCUCUUAGAGUACAUCAAAAAUAAGAAAAUUGAGAAGCAGAGAAUCAGAGAAGAGAAGAGAGAGGAGAGACGCAGACGUGAAAUGGAGAAAAAGCGACAAAGAGAGGAAGAAAAGCGAAAGCGACGAGAAGAGGAAAGACGCAAACGCAAAGAGGCAGAAAAGCAAAAGAAACUGUCUGAUAAGGACAUCAAGAUCAAGCUUUUAAGGAAGAGCGAUAGAGACGAAGACGCAGAUUCAGAUCGCACAAAAGAUAAAAGUGAUGUGGGAGACGUGGAACGAAAGUGGGAAAAGAGCGCCAAUCAAACAAAGUCAAAGGAAUUCAAAGAAAAUUUGUCCAGCAGGGGGCAGCCAGAGAGCGACAAAGAGCAGCAUCAGCAGCACAGUCGCAGGCAAAGGGAAAAGGAUCACAGGAUGAAGGAUGAGGAGAGAAAACGCCAAAGACACCAUUAUGAGUUUGACAAAUUUAUGCGUCGGAAAGAUGAGACAAAAUGGGGGAAAGGUUACUGCCAGGACAGAGAGGAGAGGAGGAAGAAAGAGGGACACCACCACAGCUAUAACUAUUGUCUCGAUAACGGAGACAAACUGGGAAAAGACGACCGGGAUGAGCUGAGUAACAGGAAGGAGCGCCUCCGAAACAAGGUGAGCGAGAAGGAUCGACCAGCAAUGCAACUUUAUCAGCCUGGUGCGAGAAAUCGAAAGCGAAUGAACUCUUCAGGUAAAGGCUACGAGUGCGUCCCAGUGGGCCACUCACCUGAACCUGCAUCUGACCACUGCUUUGAGAUGGCCAAUAUGAGCUUGGACAAGGGCUUUGAUAAAGGCUUUGACAAGGGCUUUGAGAAGGCCAAGGACGAACUAUAA